AUGCGCUUCACUUCCAUGAGUGGGAUCCCCAUAAAUCUCGACAUGCUCUCCUUCGCUUCCGUCCUGGCCGGCACCUUUGUCUUGUAUUGCCUCGGAUUGGCUGUUUACAGACUCUACCUCUCGCCCAUUGCGAAAUUCCCCGGCCCUAAAUUGGCGGCCGUGACGCAUUGGUAUGAAGUGUACCAUGAUCUCUUCGCGAAAGGCACCGGUGGCCAGUUUACUUGGGAGAUUAAACGGAUGCAUGAAAAGUACGGCCCUAUUGUCCGCAUCAACCCGGACGAGCUGCACAUAGACGAUCCCGAAUACUGGAACGACAUCUACUGCAGCAGCACUAUAUCCAGGCCCAUGGACAAGCCACCCAAGUUCAAGUACCGCUUCGGCAUCCCAGAAGCAACCUUCAGUACGAGCUUGGCCGAGCAGCAUCGCGAGAGGCGCGCUGCUCUGUCCCCGUUCUUUUCUAAACAACAUAUUCGCACCCUCAACGACAAGCUCUUGGAAAUAGUUGAGCGCAUCUCGCACCGUCUGUCGACCGAGUAUGCCGGCACUGGCCAGGUCAUCAGCGUUUCAGAUAUGUGGUCCAGCAUGACGUGCGACGUCAUUACAGACCUGGCCUUCAACCGUUCCGCAAACUGCUCCGCUGCACCCGAAUUCAAGUCACCACUUUCCCUAGGUAUGCGGAGCCUCGUCUGGACCUCUCACUGGAACGCCCAUUUCAAGUUUCUCGUCGACGUCAUGGACUGGAUUCCCGAGGGCAUACUGGGCUUUCUCGCGCCGCCAAUGAAGCCCCUCUUAGACUACCGAAUCGCAACUAGAAAUCAGAUCAGGGACAUUUUGUCGGGCAAAAAUGAAAAGAGCAUUGACGCGUCUCAUUCCACCGUCUUUCACGGCAUUCUUGCAUCCAAUCUGCCCGCAAGCGACCUGGCCCUUAGAAGACUAACCGACGAAGCCAUCAGUCUAAACGGUGCGGGAAUGGAGACAACUAAAUGGGCACUAACUGUCGCUACAUUUCACAUCUUGGACCAGCCUGCCAUCCAAGCUCGUCUCAAAGCUGAAUUGACGGAAGCUAUGCCCGACCCUAGCGUCAUCCUCUCGUGGGCCGAACUUGAGAAGUUGCCAUAUUUGUCAGGUAUCAUAUCUGAAAGUCUGCGCCUUUCAUAUGGCCAAGUUCAGCGCAUUCCGCGGGUCAACCGCCUCCACGCCUGGAAGUACGGCGACUGGGUAAUUCCACCAGGCGUUACUGUGGGCAUGGAUGCGUUCCACGUACACGUCAAUGAAGAUGUUUACCCGGAACCACUCGUAUUUAAACCCGAGAGAUGGCUGAAUAACCCCAGAGGACCGGAUGGGGUCAAGCCUCUUUCCAACUACAUGGUCUCCUUCAGCCGUGGAUCUCGAGUCUGUCUGGGCAUGUCCCUGGCAUACAUGGAACUCUACGUCGCCCUAGCCACAAUCUUCCGUCGGCACAAUCUGGAGCUGUUUGAGACCAUUCGAAGUGAUGCCGACUUUGUCUUGGAUUUUGUGGUGCCGGUGCCAAGGCUGGAAAGCAAAGGCGUUCGGGUCAUCGUGAAAGCUUGA